AUGUUUGCUCUACCUUCUUACCGAGUCAGAAAAUUUUUAACGAAGCAAUUUACGAAACACCAGGUUUUUGAAAAAUAUGAAAUCCUUAGAGAAUUACUCGAUGCAUGCCUAGAAAUACUUUAUAAACAGGAUGGUAUUGAUAAUUCCAAAACAUCUGAAGUUUCAUGGCUUAUAAAAGCUAAGUAUAUCAAUCAAACAUAUAUGAAUUAUGAAAUGAAGGCUUUUCAUAAUAAUGGAAGUUCCACUUAUUUCAAAACAUGUUCAGUUAGAAUAAUGGUUACACAACCACGACGAAAAAUUGAUUUAAUUUUUAAAGGUUUAAUUCCGUUUAUUAUCGGCUUCAUUGCCGUACAAAUGGGCGUGUUGUUAGAAAUGAGUGUGCUGAAAGAAAUUGUUCAACGUCCUCUCCCAGUGUUAAUAGGGUUUGUUACACAAUAUGGACUAAUGCCAUUAAUAGCGUUCAGCAUUACAAAAAUAUUUCGAUAUCCACCACUUUAUGGACUAGGAUUAUUUGUUGUUGGAUGUUGCCCGGGUGGUACGGCUAGUAAUCAAUGGACAUUAAUAUUUGAUGGUGACAUCAAUCUUUCUGCAUGCAUGUCAUUCGCCAGCACAAUGGCCUCAUUCUUCAUGAUGCCAUUCUGGUUUUAUACGCUUGGAAAAGCAGCUUAUCUUAAAGACCUGAAAAUAUACAUACCCUAUAUGGAUCUGGUUCGAUCGCUAGCGACUAUUAUCGUUCCCAUAGGCGUUGGAAUGUUUAUUGCACAUUUUUUUCCGAAAGUUAAAGUGUUUAUAAACAAAAUUGUUAAACCUACAAUGAUAUUUUGUGUUUUCUUUUUCUUUAUAUUCGGAACAUUUGUUCAUUUAUAUUUAUUUAAAAUGGUUAGUUUGGCUAUAGCUCUAUCAGCGCCCUUACUGCCAUGGCUAGGAUUCAUUCUCGGUGGAUUUUUUGCAUGGAUUUGUCGACAAGAUUGGAGACGUGUUAAAACAAUUGCCAUAGAAACCGGGAUUCAAAAUGUUGGUAUUGCAUUUAUGGUAUUACUUUACUCGUUUCCCGAACCAGAAAAUGUACUGGCAACAGUAAUGCCGUUCUUGGUUGCGUCUUUAGCCGUACAACCAUUUCAUAUUAUGCUUGUAAUUCGAUUUAUCGAUUACAAAUUCUGUUCACUGAAAAAGAAAAAGAACAAAAAGAUCAAUCAGAGAGACGAUCAAUCAGAUGAUACGGGUAGUAAAACAACCAAUCGACUAACCGAUGAAUCAGACGAAAAAAAUGAAAAUAACGAUGAUGAGUUGAAAAAUGAGAGUUCAGAUGAACAAAGGCUACCAACACCUCUCUUUAUUGAUAACAACCACUCAGAUGGAAAUAAUCAUGUUGAGGAGACUGCAGUACCGCCAGCUUCUGUUCCUGCUAUUUCCAGUGACAAUCCCAGGAUCUUGGUUUAA